CCCCUCGAUUAAAAACGAAAAUAAACUGCUGUUAGGAAUAAAUAACAGUUUUCUCCAAAAUGGAGGAUUCCGAUAUCUUUUUCAACUCAAAUACCCUGCCGAAAUAUAAGAUUGAACUACACAUUCAUUUAGAUGGAGCAAUCAGAACUUCCACUCUCUGGGAAUUAGCUAAGGAGAAGAAAAUAGACUUGCAUGUAGAUUCUGAAGAGGAGUUUUGUUCGUCUUUAAUGGUUGACGAGCCAACUAGCCUAAAGGAUUUUCUUAAGCCAUUCGAAAGAAUCCUCCCUAUUAUUGUUGGGGAUUUGAAAGCUAUUGAACGUAUCGCUUACGAAUUCUGUGAAGACGCCGCUAAGGAAAAUAUUCUGUACGCGGAACCACGUUACAGUCCCCAUCUCCUGAGUUCCUGCUCGGUCACAGCAAAAGAUGUCGUGAAAGCAGUGAACAAAGGACUGGCACGUGGAUCUAAGGAUUUCGGUGUCCAUGUUCGAACUAUUUUGUGCUGCGUGCGUGGGAAAUCAG